GAUCAAGAAGAUCUCGUAUAAUGAUACAGAUAUUGGGGAAUUUAAGCAGUUAAUUUACAUUUGAAAUUAUGCGAAGAUGGAGUUUUCAUAUGAAAAUUCACCCUUUAGCACUACUUUAUGUUGCUGUGAUUCAAUACUGAGCUAUUUGACUGGGAAAAAAGAUCAUCUAAUCAAUAAACAUGAAUACCAAAAAACAUAUAAAAUAAACUAAAUCCAGGCAUAUAAACGUUUAAUGUACACAGGGGUAUUACGAUUUAUAGUAUUUGUAAAUAAUCUGGAGGCGAUGUGACUUUUAAACUGUCAAUUUAGGAAUAAAAAGAGGCCAGGUUUUAUUCAAAUUCAUGAUAGAGUGAUAUGAAUAAACUAAUAUUCCUUGAUUUUUAUUUCCAUUACCCAUAGAAUUGACUUGAGGGAUUGUUGACUUGAAUCAUAAUUCAAGUGGACAUCAGGUUUCCCCAUACAACAGUGUGUAUUGGGUAUUAAACCUGUAAACGGCCUGGCCAGCCAUGUUUGUUAAGUAGUGGCGUAUUCUGGUGAUGUUCAAGUAGACAAACUACCCAUGAAGGGCUUUCCCUUUUGAUAAGUACCCCUAUAUGCUUACUUCGUGCCAUGUAUACUCCCCGCGGUACAUAAACCCUCGUCCAGCUGAUAACAAUUCUCUGACAGCUUACAUUUUGAAUUGGAUGAGCGAAUGAGGACAUGUAUUGGAAUAUACUGCUAAAAACACACCAAAAACAAAUAUUCUGGCAAGUUUUUUUUGUCAAUGUUAAUGUGCAUGUGAUGAGCCCUACUUUCCUUGAGAAGUCAGCGUGACCUGAUGGAAUAAUUUAAAAGUGCCUGUUACCUCGUUCAUGUUGAAUAAAACUUGGAAACUUUCAGUGCAUUGGAUAUGUAUUAAUGGGGGCAAACACUUUGUGACAACAAAUUCAUGUCAUAAGUAUUUCAUUUUCUUUAUACAAGGAAAUUAAGCAAAUAGUGGAUCCAGUAUUGAAAGUGACUUCUUUUGUUGAUCUACAAGCUGGUGGUAGAAGAUUCUGGCAUCAGUUUAUUGGUGACUUUUAAGAACUGACUUCCAUUGUAAAUGUGACUUAUAUGGAAUUGUGUUAUGGAACAGUGCAUUUAAGGUCCACUGUGCUGAACUUUCGAAACGGAUGUAAUUGAUCUUUUUGUGGUAACCUCCAUUGAAAUCAUAUUCAUAGACAUGCUUUGAACCUAUGGAGAGGCUGUGUUGUUAAAGUUCCAUAAAACAUAUUUCCUCUUACUACUAGAAUUUUUACUUAGGCUGGCUUUAUACAUACUUCGUCGUUGUUGGGCAAUUGAUGGCGUCAAUCACGGUGAAUUGUUUUUAUGAUCUUGAUGUAUUACGUAAUGGGAGAUCGUGUAUUUGAAAAAACAUUCAGUGGCAAAUACAUUAAAAAAAAAAAAAUUCUUAUUAUUUAUUUUCUCCUUGGAUCUUUUGCUGAUAUUUAUUUUAAAGGCAAUAUUAUUGCGUGAUAGAGUCAUAGGGUCUAUCAAUGCCUCUCAAUCAAAGUGCACUUUUAUUAACUGAUGAAAAAAAUAUUCGGAAAAUUGAUCCAAAGUUUUCUGCUGUAACACAUUAUGAGUUCAGCUCUGUUGGCAAGACGGAGAGACUUUAGUUACGAAGGACAAACGAUGAAUUCAGGACAGGAAAAUAGUGGUGGGACGAACAGACAGACUCAAACAAUACGAAUACAUAAUCUAGAAGGAAAUAGAUUCCGACGGAAAUCUUUCACUAUUGCUCAUCUAUAUCUUUCAUCAGCCUCACUUUCACGUCAGCGACAACGGGCAGCAUUUGUGAAAGAGCAUAAGGAUUCGUCUGAAGCCUCGACAGGAAAGGACAAGAAAAAAUCGGAUGAAACAUCGGCUGAAAAAAGUGCAAUACAAACUUCAACCAAAUCCAAAAGCAGCUGAUGAGAAUCUCUAUGUGUUAUUUCUAUAUUUUUAUUAUGUUUAGGAUUAUUUUCAAGUACACCAAAGAUUCAACAAUUUCUUCUUAGGACAUGUACCAACAAUUCAACAUCAUCUUGUGAAAUUGUAUCCUUGUAUGGGUCUUUGUGCAAUAUAGUUUGUAAUUGGAAUACACACUAAUGGAUGUGAUUUAAAAGCCGAUAGUGACUCAAGGGUAUAUAUAAAAAUUUACUCCUUAUAGUGAUCCGUGAUUUAUUGACUUGUAAACUACAUUAAGUGAAAUCACUCAAGCGUAAAAUUUCCUGAAUAAUUUUUGACCUGAUCUGCCAUAGGUGUCGGGUGAAUUGGUGCAGUGUUAAGGUUGUAUUAAUAAAAAGUUAUCUGAAACUUUUACUUUCAUCAUAACCAGUAGGUGUCAUCAAUAAUUUAAGAAGUAAAUUUUUAAUUAAUUCUCCGUUUGGUUACAAUUUUUUUCAUUUCAAUCUGAUUGAGUAAUUAGCAAUAAAUGUGAUCACAAUAGAGUUUAUGAAAUGAUAUUUAUCAAAAUUUAAAUAAAUGUGACAGUUUAUAUUUCAUGAAUAAGUAUUAUUAAAAGAAGUAUAUUGGUUUUAGAUAAAUGGCUUUUGACAAGAAGAAAUAUAUUAACAAAAUCCAUCACAGUACUACACUGAAAUUUUGAUUAAAGUCAAAUAAAGCUUUUAUUUGUAAUGCAAUAAAUUGAGUCUGAAGUAACAAAAAGCAAAAAGAUUAAGUUACUGUAAUUUAUUCUGUCAAAAAGAAAGAGAAUUAGUCAAUAUUUAAAAUUUAAGAAAUAAAUAAAAAAAUAUUGCAAAGUCAUGAACAAUUGUUCGUUUAAAGUCACAGUUGACGAUGUUUGGAAAUAACCGAUACAUUUUGCUACUCGACCGAAUACAAUUUGAAUGGAGUCUCUAGUUUAGUCAGAAACUGAAAAGGAAAAGUAAUUUAAUAAUCUCAAACACAAUAGCACAGUGUUAUCGAAGAAGGGCUAUUUAUGUUUACCUAGACUCCAACCCUUUUUCUGUAGUUGUGAGACUUAACACACAUCUCCAUUGUGUUCAUUGCAUAUUAAGAGCGGUUUAUUUUUAACGAAACAGCCGGCGCUCAUCAGAUAAGAAAAAUAUUUAGUCAGUAUAAUAGGGUUACCAUUGUAGGAUCUCUAGCUUACAGUGUUAAAGGUAUGUACAGUUUUUUUUAGAAACAUUUAAUGAAAACGUGUGUUGAUUGUGGAUAAAAAAAGUUCACAGACAUUCGCUGGUGUGUGAAUAUGAAUGUGGUACUUGUUACUUUAAAAAAGUGAAAUGUUCAUGAAAAGAAAUUUGAAAUUUUUUGGACUUGAUAGAUUUUAUGAUUAAUGAAGAGAAACAGCAUUCUUAUCUGAAGUUGGUAUGAGCUUAACCUACAUUCAAAUCAUUUAUGAGAUCAAAAAGAUUUUCUGUAACGGUUUUGGUUGUGCGUUGUGUUGAUGUCAAUUUGAUCUAUGAAAUAGUACAACUUACUUAAGGUUGGGAUUUAAGAUCGUGAAAUUUAACCACGUUCUUAUUUUUUCUCUACAAGUAAAAGUAUCAACAUUCAACAAGAACAGAAAUUCUGUGUAUCCUACCUCUUCAAUGUACAGUCAGUGAGAGAUUUUAAAAAUAGCCUAUAAUUCACCAAUUAGCGAUUUGUAGAGUUUUACGAUACAUUUUAAAUGAAGAUUUAAGUGAGGAGAGUGAUUCCAAUUGGAUUGAUGUGGAAUUUUCUGAACCUUUUUUUUUAACGUGUAAUACUCACAGAACAUUUAAUGGACUUAAUUGAAACACAUUAAGAUGUUUGACAUGGAUACAGAAAGUUAUGCAUGAAACUUGAUAACAUAUGUUGCCUAGCAACCAAAGUUACAAAUCUUAUACAGCUUUGUGAGGAUAUUCUUCGUACCGAUUCAAAGUGGAUAUUGUUGUAUACCCAAAUAUGGAUUUAAAAGAUCAAAUUUAUUUGAUUUUUUCAUGAAACUUCCAUUAUGGUGAGGAAGUGAUCUUUUGUGAUGUGAAAUUUGUGUAAUUAUUACCCAGAUCUGUGUAAUAAUUCAAGGAUUUUAAGGCAUAAUAUUUUGGAUGUUAAUCUGUGUGGAUGACACAAGGAAUUAUGAUUGAUUAUUUUUUGUGUGAACUGGUUAAACGAUAACCCGACAGGAUGAUGGUGAACUUGUCUAAGCGUAGUUUGGAUACAAUCCAGGCUCAAAAUAAACUCCUAAAAACUAGUUACUGGAAUUACUCAGAACAACUUGAGGAGUUUAUCUCACGGUACAAAACUCGGCCACCGGAUAUUAAAUUCUGGCCGUACGGACCAUACUGGCCCAAAUUCUAUGAUAGUGAGGUGUUAGAAACGCCAAAACACCUGAAGACAUCACCGAACUUUAAAGAACCCCUUGCCAGGAGACAUACUCAUGAUCUACAAUUUCCAGUGACAUUUGAUAACCAGUCAUCUCAGUACUCCGGGAAAUGGAGAGGUGUGUUGAUAGUAUACGACUCGGAAAGAAGUAGUCGUGACCGCGUACCGCAGCCGGUGCCAGACGGAUGUUGUCCGAAUCUCUUGUUUGAAUCUAGGUUUGAGAGUGGAAACCUUCGUCAAGCCAGAAGAGUGGGUCAGUUUGAGUAUGAACUUGUCCUGAAGACCGACCUCCACACCAAUCGUCACACACAAUGGUACUACUUCCGGGUUCAGAAUGCGGUCCCAGGGAUCGUCUACAAAUUCCGCAUUGUCAACUUGUUAAAAAGGGACAGUCUCUAUAACUAUGGCAUGCGGCCAUUGUGCUACUCUGAAAAAAGUGCUAAAACAAAACAGAUUGGCUGGAUUCGAGCUGGUCACCAUAUCAGUUACUCGCGCAAUAUAAUGCACCUGCACUGUCCAUUGCUCAUGCGAGGGAUUCCAUACUAUGAACUGGAAUGGCAGAUGAGUUUCCCAAAUGAGGAAGACACAUACUACCUAGCACACUGCUACCCUUACACAUUUACCGACCUCAAAGAGGAUCUAGACUCACUACUCAAUUCACCGGAGCGUCGUCAGUGGAUACGACGGGAAGUGUUGUGUGAAACGCGAGCUGGGAAUAGCUGCUUCCUUGUCACAGUCACAAACUUUGAGAACUCUAAGGAAGAACAGGACUCAAAACAAGUGAUCGUGGUGACGGCCCGAGUCCAUCCUGGUGAAUCACAGGCGAGCUGGAUGAUGAAGGGUCUUCUAGACUAUAUAACAGGGCCUGACCCGGGGGCAAAACAGCUCCGAAAUGUGUUUAUUUUCAAGGUGGUGCCGAUGUUAAAUCCGGAUGGUGUUAUUGUAGGCAACUACAGGUGCUCUCUCGCUGCCCGGGAUUUAAAUCGUAAUUACAGACAUCCGCGGAAGGAAAGUUUUCCAACUGUAUGGCAUGUGAAAAGUAUGAUGGAUAAAGUUCUUGAACGGCAUAAUAUAUUGUUAUACUGUGAUCUUCAUGGACACAGCCGCAAACAUAAUGUAUUUAUGUACGGUAACAACACGUCACAGGACGGCGAAAACAACACAACUGGUGCUAAGGCCUUUUUACAGGAACGGCUCUUCCCCUGGAUAAUGUCACAAAAGGCUCCUGAGAAGUUUUCCUUCCAGUCUUGUAAAUUCCAGAUCAAGCGUUGUAAGGAGGCAACGGGUCGGGUUGUGAUGUGGAGGCAGAUGCAUAUUCUCAAUAGCUUCACCCUGGAGGCCACCUUCAGUGGUACCAUCCUAAACAAGGCUGAACCACGACACUUCAAUGUGGCUGACUUCUUGGAGAUGGGACGUGUUCUUUGUCAAACGGUGCUCGAAUACCACUUAACUCAGGAAAACAAAGCAAAACAAACUGACAUGGUGUUAGAACUGACACGGUUUGUUACUCACCAAGUCCUCGAGCAGAAAGGACUCGUCAACAGCCCUGUACGACUGCCACAACUAAAGGGGGUGCAACUCAACACCGGCGACAAAAUCAUCUCCAAUGGAGACAAUGGAUAUCUUUCAGAUUCCGGAUUAGUUGGCGUUGAACCUAGUCAUGAAAUGUGCCACCCCCAGUUUGAAAUGGGGUCAGACUCCUUACGUGAAGCCAUAGUUUCGUAUCUAGAGCAAGAAAAAUCUGUGCCAAAUGAGGAAGUGAAAAAAGACAAAAAACAGAAAGUGAACGGUGGUAGCAAAAAUCAGGACUUGUCGAAAAAUCAUAGUUCCGGAAACCUCAGUCGGAAAGAAGUGGAUCACAUGAUCGAAUCUGCUUCGUUAAAGACGAUGGAUGGCUGCCUCAAGAUUCUUGCCCAGUUAAAUGUUCGUGAAGCAAUACCAGAUUCAGAUUCGAGUGACAGUGACAGUGAAUCUGAAGCAGAAAUGAAAGCUAUCGACACAAAAUCCAAGAAAAAGAAACGGAAAUCUCGGAAACAGCGGGAUAAAGAACAGAAUGACCGGAAAGGUGGAGGAUCAGGAAGUUCUGACAAGAAGGAAGAACGAUCGAAGUCUCUAUCGGCCUUGCCCACUAUUACAUGUUCUGAUGCACUUCACGACAACCUGGGUCACUCUGUCAAUCAAAAAAAGCAGUUUGAACCUUUCAAAUGCUCAAAGUGUAUGCCAUCCAUCUGUAUACAUAGGCCGAAGUCAAGUGCUAAUCUAGAGAAAUAUAUGCGAGCACAGAAGAAAGAUGCUCCACAUUUUGUCAGCAAGUACGAAGGACGAAGAAAUGGUGGAAUCCCAUGUUUCUCUGAAGAACGGAGUUUAGAAAGAGCUGCAAAGAGGAUGGCAGAAAUGAAGAAAAGAACAGAAGAAGAAAAACGAAGAGAGAUGGCAUUCUUUAUUUCCACCGAUUCUACCAUACCUACAAGUGAGAGGGCAUGGUAUAUGGACACUUGGUUGAAGCUACAGUGUGAGUUGGAAGAUGGACUGUGUUCUUGCCCAAAAUCAUUAAUGCCUGUUCAUCAACAACUCAAUCGGUCACUAACGAAUGACGAAUUACAACGUCGCCUACAGGUGGCGCUGAGCGAAGGCACACCCAACAUUGCCCAGACACUCGUAGGAUUAAAUAUUCGUACAAGUUACACACAUGCAGCUGAUACAUUCAGAGAUAUUGCACCAGCAGUGCUGCCCUCUACAUUACCACAACCAAGGGAGAUAAGCUCUGAAGAAGGUGGCAGUGAGAGUGAUGUAGAAGGCAUUUCUACCACUAUCCCCGUCACUGCCAGAAAUAAUCCCUACCUACACCGAGACUCCACCGCUCUCAGUAGUUUUCAUCUGGCCGGUAUAGGCACUGGCAGCCAUGUAACCAAUAACAACAAGAAAACAUCCAGAUCCGGCCCUUUGUACAAGACGUUUACCCGCCAAACAACGACACCUGCCGCCACGGCCUCCACUGGCUUUAUGGCCACGACACUACCAGGAAUGACUGAUGAUGCGUCCAAACUAGGAAGACAGAGAAUUAGUCGGACUCCGGGUCCACUGACACUAUAUGGGGAUGAAAAUAUUCCGAAGACUGGCUUAACAGAGGAAGCUAUAGAUAGGAUCCUCACUAGAAACGUGAAAGACUACAAAGGAAAGCCCCAAACUGCUCGAACAGGACCAACAGAUAUAACAAAAAUUCCGACAUCUAUUCUUACUCAAGAAUAUAUCAACAUCGUGUUUGAACGACUAAAACGAUCGGCAUCUCCAAUUUCUGGAUGGAAAACCCAGCUAGCAGGUUUAUAGAGGAGAUACAGAAAAGUCUACCUGUACUUCCCGAGUCCCAGGAGCAUAUUGAGAUAAGAGGAAUAAAGGUACGAGGAGAUUCAUGACAUUGGCCGUCCAUAGGAGAAUUAAUAUAUUGACUCUGUGUAACCUUCCAAGAUCCUAGAAGCAAUGUGAUUGUGAAAACUUGUUGGCAAGGGAGAUAAUUUAUCAUAAAGUUUGAUACAAUCAGUCUGCCCUUAACUGAGGAGAAAUUGGGAGGUAAAUGUGACUGCGAUGAAAAGGGAGUUAACCCCUUAUGUUCAAAAGGGAGAGCACCACUUAAUUGGCUAAGGAGGUUAAGAAUGUGUGAUGACACCUUGCAAAAUGCAGGAGCGACAAGGGGAGAUAACCAAUUAUCUUACCCAAAUAAAGGGAAGUAACUUGUUUAAUUAACAGGAUAUCUGGUGGUUAUUCAGUGACAUGUUUUCUUAAAGAAGACACAGUUGUCUUCUCCUUAAUUGACAGUGAUAUUCCUCCGUGUAACAUUAUUAUCACUUAGUAAAUGUUGAAUGUAUUCAGUGCUCAACUUUAACUAAGUAUGAACAAAGAAGAUUAAAGAAAUGUUGAAUUAAAACUCUUGCGGGAGAUGUGCAAGACAAUAGACUUGGUGUGGAAUCAUUUCAUUAAGAGGAGCAAACAUGGACAUUUUUGCCAGAUAUAGCACUAUACUAGUCUUACAAAAUUUGUCUGUGAAGAUGUUAUCAUGGGUUUAUAAUACUUAAAAGUUCAUAAUAAACAUUUUCAUUUCAUACAUUAUACAGAGAACAGAAGUAUAUUAGUGUUCGCUUGAGAACAAAUCUGCUCGUUUUUCUGAUGUACCAAUAUUUCAGUUUUCAGUUUUUAAUUUUAUGGAAAAUAUAAAUAUUUAAAUUUUGACACAGAAUUAUAUUUUCAUUUUUAGUGGUCAUUAAAACCUUUAAAAAUACAAAAUUUUGUUGAAAUCAAAUAACUAUUUAAUGUUAUAUUUCAAAUUCAGAAAAUCAUUCAAGUUUUAAAAGAAAAUAUUGAUAUGGACAAAACUAUCUUAACUAAGGAAGAAGUAAAAUUGUGGCCAGCAAGUUUGAAUUUUUUUUUUUCAGAAUAUGCAAUAUGAUUUGAUUAAUAAGAAUGAAUGUCUAAGAUACUGAUAUUUUUGGGAGAAAUAAAAUCUAGUACAUUGUAUAUGUAUAAGUUUUGGUCUUUAGUAUGUAAACUAAAUUGUCUGAUUAAAAAGAGAAAAAGUUUACAUAUUGAGUGUAACUUUUUCUAAUUAAGGUAUUUUUGUGAAUAUAUGUUAUAAAUUGUUUCUAAGAAAACUGUCCAGAUAACAACAUAUCCAAGAAUACAGUGUGCUGAUAACUUGCUAGUCAUCAAAGAUCUGUGAUAUACAUAUAAUGGCUUCUUUCCAUAUAUUGGAGCAUGAGAUUUUUGUUGUACAAGUUAAUUAAUUGGGUUUAUGUUAUCGGGGGCUCUGUCUUGCGUACAAGUUGAUUUAUUGGCUUUAACUCUGAAAACAAUCCUUGCAUUUUAAAUCAGAAAAAAGAAUAUAUCUCUACUUCAGAAGACCUGUAUAAAAUAUAUGGUAUGAAAUAUAUCUUACAAUGAGUUAUCUCCCUUCCUAUAAGGUUUUCUACUGAUAUUGUUCAGGAAAGUAGAAUUUGUAAUAUGCAACGAAAUGUCAGGAGAGGAUUGAACUUUCUGCUCUAAAUUCUGUCCAUUAUUAUAUAAAAAUCUUUCUUUUGUUUUAUAUUCAUAUACAUGUUAUAUACUGUCAAUUUAUGAUAAUCAUAAAAUAUUUUGUCUUAUUUAUUAAUAAUGUUCCAUACAUUGUAUUAUAAUAUACAAACCUUCUACCUGUAUGGUAUUAUAAAAAUAUCAUAUUCCGUCCCUUAUUUUGUAAAUUUGAUAAAAUCAUUAUAUUUCUUCCAUUAACAUUAUCUGAAAUUAGAAGUCAUUGCAUUUUACAAUUAUACAUACUGAUAAAGCAAUCAACAAAUAGGAAUAACUUAAUCUCGAUUGUUGACAUAAUAUUAUUUCAAAAGUAAAGGAAGAUCGAAUCCAUCCUUUUCUCUUUUCACUUUAAAUGUUUAUGUUCAAUGAUGGAAAAAAACCUCAUAC